CCAAACAUAUCCUUCUUUUAUUAUUAAUUUCUCCCUAAUUUCCUAUUCUUCCUCCAUUAUUAAACAACUCAUGUUUAUACCAAGUUAAACACACUUCAUUCUAUCCAAAAUACAACUUGGCUUUCGUUGUUUUCCCCUCUUUUCUGUCUCUUGCUUUUGCUUUGCUGUUCAAAAAUCUUCUAGUUUGGCUUCCAUUGAUAUGCUUUCUUUCUUUAUUCAAAAUCACAAAUAAAAACACAGUGAAUGUGCUAAUGUUUGUCUCCUUCCUUCACGCCUGUGUUUUUCUUUAAUAUUAUUAAUUUAGGGUUUCCAGUUUUCACAACAACUUCGAUUUUUUAAUUCGAUUCAAACCCAAAGUUCCUUUGGAAUUUGAGCUUUCUGUGCAUCUUUUUAGGGCUGCAAACACAGCCAUGCUUGUUCCCUUUGACAUGAAUUUUUAACCCUUUAGGAAUUCUUUCAAAAUACCCUUUUUGUUGUUUCUGUUCCUUCUUAUUUUUCUCUCUCUAACUCACUGUCACUGUGUGAAACUCUCUGAUGAAUUUCUUGUCUUUGAUUAUUAUUCUUUAGUGGGUUUUCUGGGGUUGUGUGUUUUCUUGACUAAAUUCACACAAAACAAUGUCGCAAUUAUUUUGUUUUAGAAAAAACUUUAUAAUAAAUUACUGAAAAAGUUCUCUGUCCUUUGAAGAACAAAACUUUAUAUAAAUCCUCAUACCUUUGUUUCCAAUUUUACCCUCAUGUUUUCGAUUCACUGAAAAAAUGGGUUUGAAAAUGCAAGGUCAUGGCAAUGGCCACCAUCACUUGGUGGCUGUGAGUUUGAAUGAACAGCAACUUGGAACCAAACGAAAGUAUCGCACUUAUUUUCCAAGAACAAAUCAAGGAAAAUACUUAGCAUUAUGGAUUAUUACUUUCGGGUUUGCAGCGAUUUAUGUUUAUAGAUGCAUCGAUGAAGGGCAUCAAGAGAGAAUUGAAGAAGGUUUAGUGAGUAUGUGUGAUCAAAGGGCAAGAAUGUUGCAAGAUCAGUUUAGUGUUAGUGUUAAUCAUGUUCAUGCUCUUGCUGUUUUGGUUUCGACUUUUCAUUAUUACAAGAACCCUUCAGUAAUUGAUCAGGAAACAUUUGCAGAAUAUACAGCAAGAACAGCAUUCGAGCGACCUCUAUUAAGCGGUGUAGCGUAUGCACAAAGGGUAAUGAACUCCGAGAGAGAAGAAUUCGAGAGUCAACAUGGUGGGACAAUAAGAACAAUGGCGAAUAAAGAACCUUCACCUCAUCGUGACGAAUAUGCCCCCGUGAUUUUCGCUCAACAAACUCUUUCGUAUCUCAACUUGCUAGAUAUGAUGUCCGGCGAGGAAGAUCGAGAAAACAUCUUGAGAGCUCGAUCAACUGGCAAAGCAGUGCUCACAAGCCCUUUCAAACUCUUGGGUUCUCAUCAUCUCGGAGUCGUUUUAACCAUUCCUGUUUACAAAUCCAAACUCCCCCCAAAUGCAUCUGUUCGCGAUCGAAUUGAAGCUACAGCCGGAUAUCUCGGUGGAGCAUUUGACGUGGAGUCUCUGGUUGAAAAUCUCCUCGGACAACUUGCCGGAAACCAGGAAAUCGUCGUGAAGGUAUAUGACGUCACCAACACGUCAGACCCUCUGAUAAUGUACGGACGUCAGACUGAAGAAGGUGACCAGUCACGUACACGUGUCAGUAAGCUAGACUUCGGUGACCCGUUUAGAAAGCACCAGAUGACUUGCAGGUAUCUUCAUAAACCUCCGAUCUCAUGGACGGCGACCAUCUCCGCCAUUUUGGGUUACGUCAUUGUUUUACUAGUCGGCUACAUGUUCUACACCGGCGCCAUUCAUAUCGUUCAAGUUGAAGAUGAUUUUGAUAUCAUGCAACAAUUGAAAGUCCGAGCAGAAGCUGCCGAUGUUGCUAAAUCUCAGUUUCUCGCUACUGUUUCACACGAAAUCAGAACCCCCAUGAACGGAAUCCUUGGAAUGCUUGCGUUACUUCUUGAUACGGAUUUAAGUUCAACGCAAAGGGAUUACGCUCAAACGGCUCAAGCUUGUGGACGAGCUUUGAUUACUUUGAUCAACGAAGUUCUUGAUAGAGCCAAAAUCGAAGCUGGGAAAUUAGAACUUGAAGCAGUUCCGUUUGAUCUUCGAUCAAUUUUAGACGAUGUUCUCUCGUUGUUCUCAGAAAAGUCCCGCCAUAAAGGAAUCGAGCUCGCUGUUCUUGUAUCUGAUAAAGUUCCUCAAAUUGUAAUGGGGGAUCCGGGAAGAUUCAGACAAGUGAUUACAAAUCUCGUUGGGAAUUCUGUUAAAUUUACUGAGCAAGGGCAUAUAUUUGUUCAAGUUCAUCUAGCUGAACAUUCAAAAGCUGUUCUUGAAUCAAAAUCUGACACGUGUAUGAAUGGAAGAUCUGAUGGGCAAUUCAAAACAUUAAGUGGUCGUGAAGCAGCAGAUGAUCGAAACACAUGGGACAAAUUCAAACACCUAAUGUCCGAUCAAGAAUUCCCAUUCCCACCUUCUCAAAACGUUUCUCUAAUGGUUUCCGUUGAAGACACCGGAAUCGGAAUCCCAUUACACGCACAAGACCUCGUUUUCAUGCCAUUCAUGCAAGCCGACAGCUCCACUUCUAGACACUACGGCGGAACCGGAAUCGGAUUAAGCAUUUCCAAGUGUCUGGUGGAAUUAAUGGGCGGUCAAAUAAACUUCGUUUCACGCCCACAAAUCGGCAGCACGUUUUCUUUCACUUGUGUCCUAAAACGAUGUGAAAAAACCACAAUCACCGAUCCAAAAAGACCAAAUUAUGAUGAUCUCCCAACUUCAUUCAAAGGUCUAAAAGCCACCGUGGUGGACAACAAACCGGUUCGCGCCGCGGUCACUCGAUACCAUUUGAAGCGGUUAGGCGUAUCCGUCGACGUCGUUAGCAACAUCGGAAUCGCUGUUUCCGAUUCCGAUUCCGGUCGUCGGCCGGAUAUGAUUCUAGUCGAGAAAGACGUGUGGUUGUCCAACGGGAACGUGGUAAAGUCGCCGAAAAUGAUUCUUUUGGCGACGAAUAUCACCGGAAUGGAAUUCGAUAAGGCGAAGAAUGCGGGGUUUUCGGAUACUUUGAUUAUGAAACCGUUGAGGGCGAGUAUGGUGGCGGCGUGUUUGCAACAAGUUUUGGGAACAGGAAAGAAGGCGGAACAAGGGAAAGUAAUGGCGAAUGGAUCGGUUUAUUUGAGGGGUUUGCUUUGUGGGAAGAAGAUUUUGGUGGUUGAUGAUAAUCGAGUGAAUCGGAGAGUUGCAGCGGGAGCACUUAAGAAAUUCGGGGCGGAAGUUGAGUGUGCGGAUAGCGGGAAAUCGGCUCUUGAUUUGCUUAAAAUACCGCACGGUUUUGACGCGUGUUUUAUGGAUAUUCAAAUGCCGGAAAUGGACGGUUUUGAGGCUACGCGGCGGAUCCGAUCGAUGGAAAGUCAAGCAAACGAGCAACAAACGAGCGGUACAAUCGACAGUUCAACCACGGAAUGGCAUUUGCCGAUUCUAGCCAUGACCGCUGAUGUCAUCCACGCGACAUUUGAAGAGUGCCAAAAAAGCGGAAUGGAUGGAUACGUAUCAAAACCAUUUCAAGAAGAAAAUCUCUAUCAAGCAGUCGCAAAAUUUUUCGAAUCAAAACCCACCAAGGAGAGUUAAAAAAAAACAAAAAAAAUUGCCAGCAAAUUUUGCAUAUUUGUUAUAUGCUGGUGUGGUGUCAUGUGCAUACUUAUAUGUACAACAUUUGAUGGUGUUUUUGAUGUGAACCGGUUAGUAUAGUUUUGGUGAACCGGUUUUGUAACUUGUAACCCUAACAAAAUAUUCGGAUCUAACUUUGAUUUUUAGCUUCUUGACACGAGACAACACAUACUACGAUCUCUAUUGUUGUGUUUGUAUAGAUGGGUUUUGGGAAGUGUGAG